ACAUUUUAUUUUUCCUUUCAAAUUUGGAAGAAAAAUUUUGUUUGUGGAAAAAUCCUUGGUAAUCGGUAACAAAAUUAAAUAGAAAUAUAAAAUAAGUGAAAUUUUUUUAUUCUAAGAAUUCAUAAUUCUGAAAGAGACAAAAAUGACAUUUGGUCGUUUGAUUUUCCAAAGUGUUGUUGUGCUUUUGGCACUAGCUCAGCUAAGUCGAUCGUUAGAAGUGAGUGAUUUUUACGAUUUUGAAAGAAGCGUUCGCCUUGAGAAUGGCGCUGGUAAAUCCGAAUUCGUCAAAUUGGACACACCAAUAAAUUUCUUCAGUGAUAUUUACGAUCACAUUUAUAUCAAUACACAAGGGAUUUUAACAUUCGGCACCGAAUUAAAUGGUUUUUUAAAUGAACCAUUUCCAUUAGAGUAUGCGGCGAUUGCUCCAUUUUAUUCAAAUGUUGACACGGCUGGCGCUGGACAAGACACAUCGAUUUCAUUCUCGAAAAUAACAAGCGAACGAAACACACGUCUUGCCUACGAAACUGUGCGUCGUAAUUUUGCCGUGAGCGACAAUUUUCGCGUUGUCAGUGUACUUGUUGCCACUUGGGAAAAUGUUGGACAUUAUCGCGAAAAUAAUACAGAACAAAAUACAUUUCAAGUUGCGAUCAUUUGCGGCGAUCAAGAUACAUUCGUUGAAUUUUUGUAUCCAAGCAAUGGUUUAAAUUGGUUGCAAGGUGACCAAGGCGGCGAAUCUGGUUUACCUGAUAUUCGUGCACAAGUUGGUUUCAUUGCCGAAGAUGGACGAUUUUUCACUGUUGUCGGCUCCGGCACGGAUAAUGCAAAAUAUUUGAGUGAAUUAUCAAACCAUGGACGACCUGGAUCAUGGAUUUUUCGCGUUGGUCAUAUUGGUUUUGAAAAAAACAUCGAACAACCGGAUCAAUCACGAUUCUUCCAACAAGAAGCACAACAUCCACGAUCGUGCGCAAGUGGUGGCAAAUUAAAAUGUCACAUUUCAGCCAUUUGCCGUGACACCCGAUUGAGUUUCGACUGUCAAUGUAAACAUGGAUUCUAUGGAAAUGGAUUCAAUUGCAUUAAAAAUGAUGUGCCGUUGCGUGUGGCUGGUCAAAUUACCGGAAAAAUUAAUAAUACACCGCUUAAGGCACAACUUCAAUCAUAUGUCGUAUUGAGCGAUGGACGUACAUACACUGCAAUCAGCCCAUUGGACAAUAGUAUCGGACAAAGCAGUCAAUUGUUGUGGGCUUUUGGCUAUGGAAUCGGUUGGCUUUUUGCAAAACCAUUGGCAAAUGAUAAUGCACCAAAUGGAUAUCAGCUCACAGGCGGAAACCUCAAUCACACAACCACGAUUCGGUUUACAAACGCCGAUGGAUCAAAUAAUGAAUUAUUGAUUGUAGAACGAUUCACUGGUUUGAAUGUUUGGGAUCAAUUGGCCGUUGAAAUUGAAGUCAAUGGUAAUUUACCCGAAAUCGCGUCAAACGCAGUCGUUGCAUUGCCAGAUACAAGCGAUAAUUACCAAUUUUUGAAGGAAAACCAAAUUCAAUCGGCUGGUAGUGGAGAAAUUACAGUCAAUGAUCAAACAAUCAAUUACACUGUCAAUCAAGUGAUCGAUUUUGAAACGUUCAGAGAGCAAUCCGGCGAACCUCUGAAUACACUAAACACACAACCAUUCUUCAAUAAAGUGUCCAAGAUUACUGCCCAGUAUCAAGAUAGAGAAGCCGCACUUCGCAUUGGUAUGAUCAAUAAAGUGGUACGUAAUUCAGAAGUGAAUCCAUGCACCGAUGGAACCGCAACAUGCAACCAUGAAAACUCCGUAUGCGUUCCAGACAAACCAAACGACAGUUACUUGUGCGAAUGUAAAAAUGGAUUCUAUUAUGAUGAUGCAAUAAUUGCGUGUGUCGAUAUUGAUGAAUGUGCCACAAAUGAAAAUAUUUGCGAUCAAAAUGCCGUAUGUUUCAAUGACUUAGGUGGCUACAGUUGUCGUUGUCAGGAUGGCUUCUUUGGCAAUGGAUACACAUGUUAUGAACAAGUCACACAGGAAAUAACUGAAGAACCAAUUCAAAGCGCUUCAACGGCCUAUCCAACACCAAACAUUCCCGGUUUAGCUCCAGAGCACUGGCUUUGCGAUCAAUGUUCCGAACAUGCUGAUUGUAUCCGAGGCGUUUGCGUCUGCAAAAAUGGAUGGAAUGGCAAUGGCGUUGAAUGCGUUUAUAAUUGUCGUGACGAUUCAGUUUGGAAUAUCGAUCGAUGUGAACUAAUCAAUGUAAACUCCGAAGAAGAAGAAGCUGAAAUAGCUCCGUUUUGUGAUGCACACACAGGAUGCACUUGCGCAACUGGCUACGAAUUGAUUGAAACCAUCGCUCAAAAGAUAUGCCGUUUAAUUGAAAAAGAAGAAACCUCUACAGAGGACGAAGAAGAUAAAUUGCCAUGUGAUGCAGAAAGUAAUUGCCAUGAAAACGCUGAAUGCAAUUGGAUCGAGAGCGAAUUACGCAACAAAUGCGUUUGUAAACCAGGCUACGAAGGCGAUGGAUAUGAAUGUGUUGAACGUGAAAUUUCGUGCUUAUUUGAAAAUAUUUGUGAUGUAAAUGCACAAUGUGUGUACGAUGAAAUUGUCGGAAAGUCGGUGUGCAAAUGUAAUAAAAAAUACGAUGGUGAUGGAAAAUCAUGCCAAUUAGUACCAGAAUGCGCUGUAUCCGAAGAAUGCACAGAAAAUUCGUAUUGUUCGAAUGGAGUUUGUGUUUGUAACGAGGGCUAUGAACGAGAUGUCGCAACCGAUGUUUGUGUACUAAGCGGUUACUGUGGUGGAACUUUCUGUGCCAAGAACGCCGUUUGUUUACUUGACAAUAUUCAAGGCGUUCAAUAUUGUUCAUGCCCAGAAGGAUUCGUUGGCGACGGUUUGACAAGCUGUAAAUCCGUUCCACCGCCAUGCAACCGUAAGAAUAACUGUGGACUGAACGCUCAAUGUAUCCAGAACGAAAAUGGUGCAUACGAAUGUGCUUGUAAUCAAGGAUUCUAUGGUGACGGUUUCAUUUGUAUACUUGAAAUUAAUUGCGCAAAUACUCCAUCGUUGUGCCAUGAAAAAGGCCGUUGUGUGUCCACCAAAUCGGGAUACCAAUGUGUUUGCAAUGCAGGUUACAUCGGAAAUGGUACUUAUUGUAUUGAGCCAAUUCGUCAAGAAUCGGCAUUUUUAUUGCUGAGCCAAGGAGUUGCAAUUGUAAAAAUUCCAUCGGACGGUAAUCGUGUCUUCCCAAUUGCUAUGUCAGGCAUGGCCAUCGGUAUUGAUAAGGACUGUUCAACUGGACGCGCCUAUUGGAGUGAUAUCAGCUCAAAACAAAUAUUUAGUUCGAGAUACGAUGGUUCAGAUAAAAAGUCAUUUAUCAGUGAAGAUGUUGUAUCACCCGAGGGAAUUGCUAUUGAUUGGAUUUCUAGACGUAUUUACUGGACUGACUCGUCGAAGGAUACAAUUGAAGUGGCUUCAUUAGAUGAUCCCAAACAAAGAUCGGUUGUUGUCAAAGGAAAUCUCGUGAAUCCGCGAGGCAUUGCUGUUGAUCCCCAUCAAAACAAACUCUAUUGGUCUGAUUGGGAUCGUGAACAUCCGAAAAUCGAACAAUCAGAUUUAGAUGGAACAAAUCGCGUAAUUUUAUUGGAGGCACCAAAAGUGGUUCUUCCAAAUUCGUUGUCGAUUUCAAGUCGUACCGGUGAAUUAUGUUAUGCCGAUGCGGGUACACAGAAGAUUGAGUGCAUUGAACCAUAUCAUCGCUCAUUACGAACGAUUGCCACUAAUUUGCAAUAUCCAUUCGGUCUCACCGUAACCGCUGACCGUUUCUACUGGACAGAUUGGACAACGAAGAAAAUCGAAAGCAGUGAUGAGCAUGGUAGUCGUUAUAGUGGCAUUGUAAAUCCACUGUUUGGAAAUCACAAGAUGUACGGAGUGGCAGCUGUAACAAGCGAUUGUCCAUUGUUCUUCAGUCAAUGUCAAAUUAACAACGGCGAUUGCCCAUCGGACAGUAUUUGUUUGAUAAAUCCAAAUGCUCCAAAUGGACGAUUCUGUAAACCAAUCAGCACUCAAUAGAGAUGCUCUCUUUUAUCCGACUUCAGUCAUACAUACAUACACACUUUUAAUACUUUAUCUAUAUUGAACACAUAAUUUGAUCCGAAAAAAAAUCAAGUCAAUAAAUGCAAUAAAAGAACAAAAAAAAUAGAUGAAGAAUAAAUAGGUUUUGUUUACAGACAAUAUUUAUUUUAAGAUUGCUUACAUUUAAGAAAUUGGCUAAAUGAAAUAUUCAUUCAAAAAGUUAUUUGUAUUUAUCAUUUAUUCGGAGCUGAAGUGCCAGUCUUGAAAUUUGUCUCAAACCGAUCCAUCCGGCAUCACAAUCACAAAGUACAUUUUUUUUAAGUUUCGUUUUUUUUUUGUAUAACAUUGAAAAUAUUAACGUCUGAAAUCCCAAUUGAGUUCUAUCUAUUUCAAUACGUUUCAAUAAUAUAUAAUUAACAAUA